GGAACGUUUUAAAAAUGGCGACGGUAUGUGUGUCGUUUUGAACGGCGUGUCUGCUUGUCGCUCGAUGAGUUAGGUUAGGUCGAUUAGGUUACAGAAUACGAGGGGUUCCUGGUUCAUCAGGUCACGCCUUGUUUUAAAAUCUCACUCGUGAACCGUCACGUCGAGAGCGAUACACAAUGGCGCAGAGCAGACUGGAGAAGAUCGGCACGAUAUACACCAGAUUUUCGGCGUUAUUGAAGGGCAAGGCUAUAAAAGAGGAGGAUAUGCCGGUAUGGUUGACGGUGUACGAGGCUUUUCCCCCGAAAUACGAGCCGAGAUACGACAGACGGCUGCCGAAGAAACCAGUCAGACCCAUCUUUUACAAUGAGGAUCUUAUUCGAGCAAGGUUCCAUAAGGAUCAAAGCUUCUUGCCAGCCACUAAUUUGGCAAAUGAAAAUGCAAAAUCCGCGACGCAGAACUUUCUGUCCAUGUACGAAACGUUAAGAAAGGACGGACUGUCAGAAGAUAGCGCGUACGAGCGGGCGAUGAACCGCUACAUUUCCCAGACGGAAGUAAGAACAGAGUCGAGGAAGGAGAACGAGAUGGGAGCAAGAACGGAGCCGAAGAAGGAGAACGAAUCACCCAAAAACUCUUAAUGACUAGAAAAAUAUAUUCUUACCGUAAGUUUCUGUUGUAAAUAAAGAUCUCAUUAUUUAAAA